CGGCCCCGGCCCCGGCCUCCGCGAGCUCGACCACGUGGUGCUGCUGGCGCUCAUGGCCGCGCUCUUCGCCGUCUGCUCCCUGCCGCUCGUCGUGCGUGCCUACAUCGGGGCCUUUGCUCCUGACUUCAACGAGAAAGCGGACCUCACCGCCCUGCGGUUCAUGUCGGUGAACUCCAUCGUGGACCCCUGGGUGUUCAUCAUCUUUCGCACCUCCUCCUUCCGUAUGUUUUUCCACCGACUUUGCAGGAGACUGAACUACAAGAAAGCUCCCCGGCCUCCGCUUCUGUGCCCCGGGCAUGGAGCCUGCCAGGCAGCAGGCAGCUACUCGCUUUCUGGGAUGACUUGAAGGGGAUAUUGUAUUGCUCCUUGUUCACACUGGCCUACAGUCAGCACCAACCAUGACCCUGGGUGCGACCGGGAGGAAUGGAUCGUGUGCACAAAGCCUCAGAUGUGUGAACGUGCACCCUGGGGAAGGGAAAGCACCUGCCUUCUCGCUGUGUACACAUUCGACGGACCCGAAGCUUCUCCCCCCAGCUGCAGCUUGCAUUCCCUGUCCCAGGUUGGAGCUACAAUCUGGGGCCAUGGUAGUAAUGAUGAAUGUCUUGACAUGGCUGCGCUUAGCCUCCCGGAGCAUCUGGACUGUGCAAAUAAGGCAUUUGCCGCCUCAUGCGGUGAGUGUCUCUAACUCUGGUCUGUGGAUCUUAUUCUCCAGUGAGGUCCCACACCCAGAACUACAAGUUGCUCUGCACGGAGGCACCCAUUGACUUUCAGGGCUGCAUGGGGUGUGCGCCUCUCACAUGACCCCACCUGCCCCCAUCAAUGGGCAAGUCAGUCUUUAAAUUAAAAUAAACAAAAGCUGUGGAUAAUCAGUUCUCCAGUGUGACCCUCUCCUCAACCAGCACCCAAAUUGUCUUAAAUGCACAGGACAGGGUGUCUCGGAUGAAUGGUUCUCCAGGGCUGUCUUCCCUGGGGUGUGAGUUCAAGGUACGAGCAGAGCGUUGGCCCUCACCUGCUUCCUCUUCACACGCAGCAGUCUCCAGGUGCCUCCUGCUCAAGCUAGCUGGCCUGACCUGCGGCGGGGGUCCUGGAUCAGGCAGUUCUGAUGUUUGAGUUUAUCCUGUGGUCAGCUAUUCAGCUGACGCAGCCAUUUGGAGCUGCCCCGGUGGGGUUUUGCAGUGCCAGAGGUGAUCCCUAGAGCACAGACAGCUAUCUCUGCAUGCAGCCGGGUUAUUUAUCCUGCCAUGCCUUGCCCUGGAUUUGCAAGUGGGACUCUGGUCUGGCAGGCCAGGAGCGUCCUGGGUGCAGGACCACGGCACUCCAGGGUCCGGUGGGAACCAGCAGAGAUUGAUCCGUGUGUGACACUUGGCUCCCACAAAGGCUCCUGGCAUGGAACGGCUUCACAUGAAUUAUGUUAUGCAGCUGGGUGAGCUUUUGCCAAGUUGGGUUUAAGAAUGUAAACAGUUGAGGAGAGCCGAAAUGUAUUAGAUAUACUGGGAAAGCAAAAGAGCUUGAAUGUUGUUGGUGAAAAAGGCCUGACAGCAUAUUUCCGAAAGGCCUUUUACAUGGUGUGAUUUGUUACAUUAACUCUUCUUGAGGCAGUGCUGGGCUUCGUGCCUUCUCCAGGAUGGCUUCUGCUUGGUAGACAAACCUCAGGGAAUACUUUGCUUUAACGAUCAGAUUUAUUCAGGCAGGCUGGAAUUCAUGCUCUUGCCCGGUGCGUUCUACAUAGCCUGGCUUGAAGCUAUUAAACCAUGUUAUAUUCACAUUAAGCAAACAUCUAAUUAGUCUAGUACCACACUUAUGGCAGCAGAUAUCCCUAGUCAUGACAGCAGGUUUUUGAGAAAAGGCAUGGUACAGGGUACAUCCAAAAUGAGACAAACCGUCUUUUUAAUUGGGGCUUCCUGACCAUGAUUGACAUGCGUGAAUUGUCAUUAAUGACUGGUGCAUGUAGCUUUGAGAGAAAGAGCUUAAGAUAUAUUUAAAGCAUGAGCUCAUGCAAACAUCACUGUUGUACUGCCCAGCCUGAGUUCUCACAGGCACCAGGAGUAUAUUUUUACCUCCCCGGGGACUUGGCUCUUCUGUAAGAGGUGAUGUUACAUUCGCUGGCAGGCCGUGGUGCUGUAUCCUGACUCUAAAGAGAGUACUUGGAAAGCA